AUGGUUACGUCGGGUAUGUUUGGCGGUGACCAGGCACAGCAAGACUUACCCUUGCUUGUUCAACCUGCCAGCAUCGACAGUCUCGAGCCCGCAUACCCCUGCUUAGUGGCGAAUAAGAAUUUCUCGGCAUAUGGCGUCGGAAGCAGUGACCCAGGCUGGACUUCGCACCUCAAGGCUGCCUCUGACCUAUUUGCAAAUCUCGAUACAAUUAGUGGUAUUUCACCUGCGGAUUCAGGCUUCCACAUGUCCUUCGAUCAUUACUUUGACAAUCUUUCUGCGCGGCUCUGCCACGCAAAGCCGCUCCCCUGCAAUGCCAGCAACCCAUCUCUCUGCGUGACGCAGGCGAUGGCUGAUGAGGUUUUUCGAUUAGGGGAGUACGAGUACAGCUACCUCUACCGAGACGCCGGGGCACGCACACUUGAGUACAGCAUUGGCAAAUACGGAAUAUGGAUCGCAGAAUUGGUGCAUAAUUUACGGCAAGCGAUGAAUACAAUUGACCCAGGGACUACCGGUAACAGGACGAAUAGUGGCAUGAGAUAUCGACACAACAUUGCCCAUGACGGAAGCGUUAGUUAUAUAUUGAGCAUCUUACAGAUAGAAGAGAUGAUGUGGCCAGGCAUGGGCAGUGAGCUGGUAUUCGAGCUAUAUAAGAGGAAAGUGGACCAACAAUAUUACAUCAGAGUGUUGUGGGGUGGGCAAGCGUUGAGAAGCAGCAACCCAAAGCUUGGUGUCUUGGAUAUGCUUCAAGUCGACACCCUUCUUGCUUAUUUUGACGGGCUUGUAGGUCAAAGAGCAAAGAAUAUACCUAGCCUGUGUAGCUUGUGA